CACUUCAACUAAGCAAACAGAAUCUGAUUGGCCUGAAGUCCACGUACAAUAGAGGCCCCUGGUCAAGCCCCUUCCACACUUAUCUACUACCAGAAACCGUUAGCUACUAAUUGCAGGAUGGCGAAGAACUUCGGUGGACCAUUCAAGGACUCAGGUGUGGAAUUUGUACGUACGGGUUAUGGAAAGAAUGCAGUUAAAGUUCUCCAGAUUAAGAGGGAUGGCAAGCUGCACUUUAUCAAGGAGAUUGAGGCCUCUGUUCAACUCACCUUAAAGUCUAAGAAGGAUUACUUGGAAGGGGAUAACGGUGACAUAAUUCCUACAGAUACAAUAAAAAACACCGUCUACGCCUUGGCCAAAUUGAAAGGGAUAAAAACCAUUGAAGAUUUCUCUCUGGAAAUUUGUAAUCACUUCUUCACAUCCUUCAACCAUGUUACACGUGUGAAGGUGUCUGUCGACGAAGCCCCCUGGAGACGCUUUGAAAAGAAUGGAACCCAACACGUUCAUGCAUUUAUCUAUUCAUCUGAGGGUGUUCACUACUGUGAAGUAGAACAGGAGCGAGGAGGUCAACCUGUAAUUCACUCUGGAAUUAAAGAUCUCAGAAUUCUGAAGACGACGCAGUCUGGGUUUGAAGGUUUUAUAAAAGACAAAUAUACAACACUCCCCGAAGUGAAAGAUCGCUGCUUCUCCACCAUGGUCACCUGCAAGUGGAAAUAUGGCUCCUAUAAGGGAAUCAACUUUGAUUCCAUAUGGAAUACUGUAAAAGAAAAUAUCCUUGACAAAUUUGCUGGUCCAUACGACAAAGGAGAAUAUUCUCCAUCAGUCCAGAAGACACUGUAUGACAUACAGGUGCUGAGCCUGAGCAGCGUUCCUGAGAUUGAUGAGAUUGAAAUUAUAUUGCCGAACAAGCAUUAUUUUACCAUUGACCUGAGCAAGUUUGGUCUGAGCAACAAUGAUGAGAUCCUGUUGCCCUCAGACGCUCCUUAUGGAAAUAUCACCGGGACUGUGAGAAGAAAAACUGCAUCCAAAUUGUGAUGUUUUGUGACUUCAUGAUUGUAUUUGUAGUGAUCCAGAGUAAAAAAGGAAUUUUACUGAA